AUCAACGAAACAGGCGCGGACUAACGGAUUUGCUACAAGAUAGUUUGUUGUGAUUUUGGAAGCUGGCUUUUGCCUGUUACCGGUUCACGUUUUUGUCGGAUUCUCUUGACAUUUUAGGUCUACAUAGCACAACUUGAAUGAUGAGUCUGUCUUUAAGGACUGAGCUGGCAGUGGAUAAAACCAAGCGGAAGAAGAGGAGAGAGUUGACUGAGGAGCAAAAGCUUGAAAUCAAAGAGGCGUUUGAGCUGUUUGACACAGACAAAGACAAAGAGAUAGAUUACCAUGAACUCAAGGUGGCAAUGAGAGCUCUGGGUUUUGAGGUGAAGAAAGUGGAUGUGCUGAAGAUACUAAAAGAUUACAACAGAGAAGGCAAUGGCAAAAUAACUUUUGAUGACUUUAAUGAAGUCGUGACAGACCGUAUGCUACAGCGGGACCCUAAGGAGGAGAUCCUGAAGGCCUUUAAGCUGUUUGAUGAUGACGACUCAGGGAGGAUCAGCAUGAGGAACCUGAGACGUGUGGCCAGAGAGCUUGGAGAGAGCAUCACAGAUGAGGAGCUGCGCAGCAUGAUCGAUGAGUUUGAUACAGACGGAGACGGAGAGAUCAACCAGGAGGAGUUUGUUUCCAUAAUGACUGGAGACUCCUGAUUAGUGAGCAGCUGCUUUGGGGGCUUGGCUAGGAGGCUGAGGCUGUAGAUUCACUGUGGGAUGGAUGGGUCCUCCCAGGUCACUGAGGAACUUCUGGAGAGGUUACCUUGUCUCCUUUCCUUCAUCUAAACUGACUUAAAAUAUCUGGCCAGGUGAAGGAGAGGAGGUAAGGAAGCCACUGUAGUCUAUUUGGACUCAUCGUCUGGCCCAGUAGCACUGCUUUGGUUCUUGUCUUUGUUGAAACAUGUUUUUUUUAUAAGUCUGAUCCAACUACAACUAUAGAUAGUGUAUGUUCUUUUAUUUUUAGUACAGAUCUUUCAAAUGCAAAUGGUAUUCCCCCCAAAAAGAAGAUUUGCUUGCUGUGAUUUAUGUUUGUUCCCUACAGAAAACUGUAGAGGUUAUAUUACAGGUCAUCUCUCUGAAACAUUCCAUGUAAACUUCAGUUUUCAAUAGUAUUUCUGGAUGGUGGUUUAAACAGCAAAUACAAACAGGUUAUACACUCCCACAUUUUGUAGUUUAAUAGACCAUUUUUAUUUGAUUAUUACCUUGUUUCUUUGUGUUAUUUAUUUUACAUAAUAAACCAAAUUUGACUGACUUCUGCUCUUAA